CUCAUCGUAAUUGAAAUGAUUCCCUUUAUUCCAGCAGUGGCAGCAACACGCACCGACUGUCAAUUGCCGACCGAAGGGGAGAGGCGCUCAGCAAGGGAGUGGAAAUUUCUGGUCCACUCAAAUUAACGAGGAGAGCAUCUUCUGCAUGAUCUCCUUACCGGGUGGAGAGCGACAUUAAUGUGGGGAUCUUGAGUGGCUGUAAAGUAUUUGGGGCAAGUUAAUCUCAGCGCUUAUUUAUUUUUUUUUCUUUCAGUUGGGUGUAGAUACUAUAUUGUUGCAUAAGAAGAGGGGAGAAAAAAACUCGGCGUGAAUUGUUUUUAAACGGGAUAUUCCACAGAGAGAGACCACGUUUUUUUUUUUUUUGAUCAAGGGUGCAAACCCACCCACUUAUGAACUGGUUCGGGGUCUGGCUGGGAACUGGCGGGGACACAGGGCUGACGCGAGCGGUCCAAAAGUCUACAAAUCCGGUGUUUUGAAAGAAGAUCCAGGCCACGGAGGGGAAAACAAAAAUGAAGGAGAAGAGUCUGAUUGAGACCGCGAAGAUGCAGGGCAAUGUGCUGGAGCUGGUGGGGAGUAACCCACCGCAGAGGAACUGGAAGGGAAUAGCGAUCGCCCUUCUUGUCAUUCUGGUCAUCUGCUCGCUGAUCGUCACCUCCGUCAUCCUGUUGACACCAGGGGAGGACGACAGCUUGGCUCUCAAGGGCAAAGUCAGUGUUGGUGACCUCUUUAGGAAAGACUUCAAGGUUCAUGAACCUAACGCCAAAUGGAUAAGCAGUAAUGAACUGUUGUACCGUAAUCGAGAUGGGGACGUCGUCAAGUUCAACGUCGACACCGAUGAGCAGACGGUCUUGGUGCAUAACAAGAAGUUUGAAAUGUACAAAGCCAGCAAGUACGAGGUGUCUCCCGACAUGAAGCAUGUGCUACUGGCCUACAACGUGGCACCGGUGUACCAGCAUUCCUACACCGCCUUCUACAUCAUAUGCAGCCUGGAGACUCCGGAGACGUGGAACCUGAACCCUCCAGAGGUUCGAAACGCUCAGCUGCAGUAUGCGGGUUGGGGGCCACAGGGUCAGCAGCUGAUCUUCAUCUUUGAGAACAACAUCUACUAUCGCUCCACGGUGGAGAGCCGCUCCAUUCGCCUGGUCUCCACCGGAAAGGAGGGCGUCAUCUUCAACGGGCUCAGUGAUUGGCUGUAUGAAGAGGAGAUUUUUCAGUCUCACAUCGCCCACUGGUGGUCUCCAGAUGGGGCCAGGCUGGCGUAUGCCACCAUCAACGACACCCUGGUGCCCAAAAUGGAGUUACCCAUGUUCACCGGCAUCCCGUACCCAACAGGGAAGGAGUACCACUAUCCUAAGGCCGGUGAGGAGAACCCGGUCAUCACCCUGUACGUCGUGAACCUCAACGGCCCGCUUCACACAAUCGAGAUGAGAAGACCUGAGGACCCCAGGAUAGGUGAGUAUUAUGUCACCAUGGUGAAAUGGGCCACCACCACCAAGCUGGCCAUCAACUGGCUGAACCGAGCGCAGAACAUCUCGGUGCUGACACUUUGUGAGGCCACGACGGGCGUCUGCACCAAGAAACACGAAGAUGAAAGUGAAGGGUGGCUGCACCGACAGAAUGAGCGGCCCCUCUUCUCCAAAGACGGGCUGAAGCUGUUCUUCACCAGAGCCAUUCCUCAAGGAGGCAGGGGCAAGUUUUUCCACAUCUCCAUGUCCAUCUCCCAGCCCAACACCAGCACAGACACGCUGCAGUCCAUCACAUCUGGAGACUGGGACGUCACCCAAGUCCUGGCCUACAACGAGGACAGUCAGCUGAUAUACUUCUUGAGCACCGAAGACGAUCCGAAGCGAAGGCAUCUGUACAGCGCGGACACAGUCGGCCCGUUCAACCGCCGCUGCCUGUCGUGUGACUUCACCGGCGGCUGCGGCUACGUCACCGGCUCCUUCAGCCACAACAUGAGCUACUUCCUGCUCAGCUGCCAAGGCCCUGACGUCCCAUUUGUAGCCGUUUACAACACACAGGACAGAGAGAAAGUGCAUGAGCUGGAGAUGAAUGAGAACCUGAGGCUCACCCUGGCCUCCAUGCAGAUGCCCAUGGUGGAGUACAAGGAGAUCAGCAUCGAAGACUACACCCUGACCAUGCAAAUCCUCAAACCUGCAGGCUUUGUGGACACAGCACACUACCCGCUGCUCCUCCUCGUCGAUGGCACCCCCGGUGGUCAGAUGGUGUCGGAGCGGUUUCACAUGGACUGGGCCACGGUCCUGGUGAGCAGCUUUGGGGCCAUCGUGGUGCGUUUCGACGGGCGAGGCAGCGGCUUCCAGGGCACCAACCUGCUGCACAGGAUCCAGAAGAAGCUGGGCGUGUUCGAGGAGCGGGAUCAGAUGGAGGCGCUCAGUAUCAUCUCAAAAGAGCCCUUUGUUGACAAAACCAGAAUUGGAGCUUUUGGAAGAGUGUAUGGAGGCUACGUGACUAGCCUGUUGCUCAGCACCGAAGAGUCUCCUGUAAAAUGUGGAGCCGUCCUCUCGCCCAUCACCGACUUUGAAUUAUACGCCUCAGCGUUUUCAGAGAGAUAUCUCGGACUGCCCAAGCCCGAUCCGAGGGCAUACACAAUGGCAAAUUUAGCACACAGAGCAUCCCAGUUUAUGGACAAGAAGUUCCUCAUCAUACAUCCAACAGCUGAUGAAAAGGUCCACUUCCAGCACACAGCAAAAUUCAUUGCCCAGCUUAUCAAUGAAAGGGCUAACUAUACCUUACAGAUCUACCCAGACGAAGGCCACUUCAUCCACAGCGAGGCGACACGGCAGCACCUCAGCCAGUCCCUGGUCAACUUCUUCGAGGAAUGCUUCAGGCUACCAGACAAAGCGUUCGAGGAGAGACUGGAGGAGGAGAGCGAAGACGAGGGUUAGCCCGCCCGGCUCGGCCUCAUCCAGCGCCCCCCACCUCCCGCCCCAACCCAGCCCGACCCGCACCCCCCUCUACCCCCGUGCCCAAGCACAACGCCGGCCUCCAGUUGUCCACACAAUAUGCAACCUCCUCUGUUCUUGGCCCCUCCACUGUUUUUCGGUUUCACUCGCCCCAUCUAGACUUCCCGUGUGUCAGCAUGCUGAACCUGAGACUGCCUUUCCAGCAGACAACUGAUCCACUCUUUCAUCCCUCCUCCACCGCCCCCCCGCUCCCGCCCGUCCGCCCUCAGCUCGAAUCAAUACGGCCCUCCAGAGAGACAACAAAGACCGAUGACCUGACAUGAUGUUUUUUUUUUGGAGUACGUCGAAAGGGGUGAUGGAUUCAACAGGAAGCAGUCUCCUUUUCCGUUCGGAUGGACCGGCGCCUCAAAAAGCAGUGGAGAGAGAGAGAGCGUCAACUCUCACACAAACUCUCAAGUCUGUGAGCAGAAUGGAAACUUUAUAGCACAAACUCCGGGGUUGUACAUUCAUGGAAAAACAGACGCAUGGUGGAUAAAACUGGUCGACGCACCCAGUGUUUAGAACAAAGGGGGGGUCCGGGACGGUGUGGAACAGGAAAUGUUACUAUUUUUAAAGUUGUGAAGAACUUUUCAUGUUGGACCGUGGUUGUGUCUGUUGUUCUUCUUACAGUAUGUAAAAUAGCACACAAAAAAAACAUCCACUUGGCUAUGACAGAUAUAUUUUCUUUUGGUAUUCAUGUUUGCCCUGAUGCUGGUAUCAUCUUGUAGCCUCAUUUAUGUAUUUUGGUGAUGUUGACAAAAUGUCCCACCUGGCGAAAUGUUUGGAAGCAGAAAGAAAAGAUGUCACAAGUUUCUUUAUUGUUUUUUUUUUUGUUUGUUUGUUUGUUUUUUAUCGUGAGCCAUCAUCUCGCUUCGGUUUUAUCGUCUUUCAAAAACAAAAUCAUCAACUUGUUUUAGUCACUGUGCCUUACUUUGGGAGAAACCCGUCCUGCUCCGGGACUCUCCAUGUAUGGAAAAACACGGCUCAUUGAAAAAAAAAAAAAAAAAAAAAAAAAA